UCAUUACCACUUGCAAAAUUUCAAUACUCAUAUCCAUCAAUCUCUGGGUCGGUUUUGUCAUUAAGAGUGAAACAGAUCAAAUCAAAGAUGGGGAAGAGCACAACUUUGUUGCUGCUUGUGUUCUGGCUGGCUACGACGUCGGUUUGGGGCGAGCAGGCUGCUCAGGAUGCCAAGGGAAACAGUGGAUCAUGGACUGAGUGGAUUAUGAAUAAGCUAUCACCGGGGCUUGGACUCAAGCAGGAGAGAGCAGCUAAGAAUGUGGUGGACAAAGCUGGGGAUGCAGCCUCUAAGGCCAGGGAAAAAGUGGACUCUUUUGGAUCAAGAUCGAAGUCCCAGGUGCAUGACACAGCCAACAAUGCCCAUGACAAUUGGGAUCAGUCAAUAAGAAUGCCUACUGAGAGAGCUGGCAAUGCUGCCCAAGAGACAAUGGCAGAAGCAGUUGAAGCCGGAAAACAAAAAGUAGCCAAUGCCUACAAUGAUGGUAAAGAGAAACUUAACAGUGCGAAAGACAUUGCUUCUGAUAAAGUUUAUGAUGCUAAGGAGGCAACGGCAAAUAUGUAUGGGGAGGCUAAGCAGAAAAUGAAUUCAGCUUCGCAUGUGGCAUCAAAUAAAGCUGAUGAUGCCAAAGAGGCAACGUCGAAUAUGUAUGGGGAUGUUAAGCAGAAAACGAACUCAGCUUCAAAUGUGGCUUCAGAUAAAGCAUUUGAUGCCAAGGAGGGAGCGGCCAAUAUGUAUGGGGAAGCCAAGCAGAAAAUGAGUUCAGCCUCAAAUAAAGCUUCAGAUAAAGCUUAUGAUACCAAAGAGACAACCGCUAAUAUGUAUGGGGAAGCUAAGCAAAGAAUUAAUCAUGCUUCAAAUGUUGCAUCAGAUAGGGUUAAUGAUGCCAAAGAGACAGUGAAAGGGGCCAUGGGUUGUGGAAUGGACAAAGCAGCAGGUGCAUAUGGUGAUGCAAAGAAUACAAUGAAAACGGCUACGAGUACUGUGUCUGACAAGGCCAAUGAUGCAAUGGAAUAUGGGAGAGAGAGAGCUGCAGAUGCAUAUGAUGGAGCAAAGGAGAAAAUGAACUUCGCCUUUGAUAAGGCAGACAGGGUAGCAGGAGGAAUCGAGCAUGGAAGAGAAAAGGCAGCCAAUUCCUAUGAUGAGGCAAAACAAAGGGUGGGUGAGACAUACAGAGAAGCGAAGGAUACUAUAUCCGAGCAUACCAGGCAUAACUAUGAGGCUGCCAAGGAGAGGGCAUCGCAGGCAACAGGUGAUCUUGGGGCUAAGAUGAGAAAUUGAUGCCGGUCCGGCCAGAGCUAUGAGGUAUUUAAUUACCUCUGGCUAAUUGCAUGUUAAAUAUGGCUUCAUGAAGCCAUCUGUGAUCACUAGAUGACGUUUUUUUUUUUUUUUUUUCCUUUCUUAAUAGGGAUCUGUGAGUUCCAUCAUGUUGUGUUUCUUUCUGUUUUCUAACAUUUCCCUCUAAAAGUAUUAGAACAUUAGUUUCCACAAUUUUGAAUAUCUUGUAUUCGGAAGUUUACUCUUAAAGGGAGCCGCAAGAGCAUCAUUAUAUACACACAUCAUUUCUAUAGUUCA